AUGAAUAUUUCGAUCUUGUUGCGACAUUCUGGAAUAUGGGAAAGUGAUGUUUUGUACGAGCGAUACAGAAGUGAUGGAAUAGUGGUUGGUGAAAAUAUUUCGUUCAUGAAUCUUAUUUCAACAAUUGCGGCUGAGUUGGGUAUUGACGAUUCGAAAAAAAAUAUAGAUAUUAGAUAUGUUGUUGAAAGAAAUUCGUCUCCAUUGUGUAUUCGAAAUGAUAUGGGUGUAAAAUUGUAUGUAGAAAUUAAGAAACAUGAGGCUGGGUUCGGAACUUAUCCUUUAUGCAUUGAUACUUCAGAUAAAGAUGUUGAAGAGAUAAUAAAUUUUGAUGCAACAACAGGUGCCAUCAUGUGUGUUGAGGGUGAAAAAAAUGACGCAAAGGCUCUCAAUAUUGUUGAAUCAUCAAUUGAUUAUGAAUAUUACAUACCAGAAAUGGAUAUUGAUAAGUAUAUAUCAGACACAAAUAAUUCAUUUGUGGAAGAGAAUCAAAUGUAUAAGGAUACGUCAACUCUGAAGGUGGUAAUGGAAAAUUACAAAACAAAGAAUGGUUUCAACUUUAAAGUUAAAAGAUCUGAUAACAAAAGCUACGUAUUAGUUUGUCAUUCAGAUGAUUGUUGUUGGAAAUUGAAGGCAUCUGUUAGAAAGAAUUCAGAAACAUUCAUAGUGAGAUACUUUAAUAGUGAACAUACCUGUCCAUUAAGGGAUAGGGUAUUAAGCAAGGUACAAUCCACAGUUGGGUUUAUUAGUGGUGUGACAGCGCCUAAAUUAAAGAAUCAUAAAAGAAAACAUACUCCGAGCGAUAUAAUUAAUGAUAUCAGGGAAAUGUAUGGCGUUGAGAUUUCUUAUCAACAGGCAUGGCGCGCAAAAGAGCGUGCAUUGGAGCUUAUAAGAGGUAAACCUGCUGAUGGCUACAGAAACAUGCCAAGAUACAUAUAUAUGCUGGAAACUGUGUAUCUAAAUUCAUAUAUAAGGAUGCAUAAGUCUGAAUACAACGAAUUUAUGUAUCUUUUCAUAUCAUUAAGGCCAAUGAUGAGAGGAUUUGAGUUCUGUAGGCCAGUUGUUGUUGUUGAUGCUUCACAUCUUAGUGGAGCUUAUCGAGGUACAUUUGUGUCUGCUAGUACACUUGAUGGAGCAGGUUGCAUAUUGCAUUUGGCAUACGGAGUUGUUGACACAGAAAAUGAUUGUUCAUGGACAUGGUUCUUUCAACAAUUUAAGAAUGCAUUUGGUGAGAGGGAAAAAAUGUGUAUUGUAUCUGACAGAAAUGAAAGCAUAAAGAAAGGUGUGAGUAUUGUUUAUCCAACUGUUCCUCAUUUUGCAUGCAUAUGGCACCUCUGGAAAAAUGUGUGUUCAAACUUUAGGAGAAGCAGGACCAUUCUAAGUGAUCUGUUUUAUUCAAUGGCUAAGGCUUAUUGA